UGGUCUAACCACGCCUGCUAGCAUGCUGUGGCCAUCACUUCCGAGUCUCUGGAAUAGACAGAAUAGACAGUAGAAUAGCACGUGGCAUACUUGUGUUUGCUUACACAGCACAGUACUGCAGUGCUACUAGCCAUCCUGCUCUUUUCAUCUUGUAUCUGUAGGAGUAGACCCGACUGUUGCCUAGUCACGUGACAACAUGGCGUAUUAUGGUCACCGUCCGCCGGCAGAUGCCCAGUUUCUCCGAGCUAUAUUUCAAAGGGUAGACAAAGACCGCAACGGACACAUAUCUGGAGACGAACUUCAGGAGGCUCUCUCGAACGGUACUUGGUCCCCUUUCAAUCCUGAAACUGUCAGACUAAUGAUUGGUAUGUUUGAUCGGGACAAGUCCGGCACUAUUACACUUGAUGAGUUUGGAGCCUUGUGGCGCUACGUCACAGACUGGCAGGAGACAUUCAAGAGUUUUGAUCAAGACAACUCAGGCAAUAUAGACAAAAUUGAACUGAAAACAGCGCUGAGCAGCUUUGGGUACAGAUUUUCAGACCCUUUCUAUAGCACUCUCGUUCGGAGAUUUGAUCGGAGUGGUCGAGGAUCUAUUACGUUUGAUGACUUCAUUCAGUGUUGUGUAACUGUGCAGAUGCUAACAGAUGCUUUCCGCAAUUAUGAUACUCGCCAGACAGGCUGGAUUACCAUCACAUAUGAGCAGUUCUUGACUCUUAUCUUUCACCAGAAGACAAUUUGAUAGUUUUCCUUUCAAAUUUGGUGGCUGAGCUUGAGACUAAGUAGUUGUUAUAUUUCUUGUAGUAUAUGUGGUAAGACUAGACAUACAUUAUUGUGCUGAUCGCAUGUCUACUGAUGUGCCUGUUGUGAUAUAUUAUCCCAGGCACAGUCUGUGGACAGAUUGUUUCUUCCUUUAUGCCUGACUUUGCAGUAAGCCUCUAAAGAGAAUGAUGUGUCAUCUGGUAGCAUAUGUUGUCUACUACU